UUAGCAUUUUAGCAAUCAGUACAGGGCAUGCAUGUUUGUUUUAUUAUAGUACGCAACAACGAAAUACGAAAGUGUUAAUUUAACAUUAUUAUUGUAUAUUAUUAUGUUGACAUUUAGGACAUUGACUUUUAGUAUUAUACGUCGGUUUAAUUAUACCAAAACCACGUCCCGUAGAUCGAUUUGGGUUGUCUAGUCGCUAUAAUUACGAUCGUCGUGACUCGUGAACUCGAUCUGACAGCUGCAGUAAGUACACUUCAAAUUAAAAUACGAAUUGCGUAUGACGAUAAUCCACCGAAGGCACACCUACACAACUGUCCAUUAUUAUUAAAGCGACCGGUUGCGGGCGGGUGAUUCAUCAUGGUACGAUCGUGCAGCUCGUCCAGUGAUACAUCGUCGGCCAAAUACGAAUUCUCCGAUUCGGAUUCUGAUCACAAGCGGCGUAGCAGAAGUAGCCGUCCCCGCCGUUUGCCGACCAGCAACAGCAAGAAUGCUGUGGCUGCCCGUAUAAAUCGCAUGAAACAGAAACAGUACGUCAAGGACCUGGAGCAAAAGAUGUCGCAGCUUAAACGCGAGAUCAAGGGUGUGAAACGGGAGCUGAAGGAACGCGAAGAGAAGUGGGCAAGCAGCCGUCGACAGGUAGCCUAUUUGCGCGGUAUGAUUGCCAACAGCCAUCAGAUCGGCGGUCUGUUGCGCAACAUACGUUGGAGGAAUAUCAUCCCACAAGGUAGUAAUAUUGACAAGACUCUUAACGAGUUAAACUCUGAUGCGAGUAUUGACCACUUUCCUAUUACCACGAGCCAUAGUCUGUUUGAUGGUUAUUUUGAUUUGUUAGAGGAAAGAGACAGCAACCACCCCCACAUGGUGCCUCCUCCAGUUGCACCUCAAGAAGAUGAGGGCUGGGCACUGUUAGAUGGUAUCAACCCCACAACGACUGAGCUAUUCCAAGAAACCGUCCCAUCUAAAUAUGUGUCAGUGUGCACGUUGUUACCGUAGAAAGACGGUUGUGCGCCUGCAUAUUCGUGGUGUAAAUGAUCUUAUUAAUUAAAAGAAGCUGUGAUCUCACAUGUACAAUAUUACAUACCAAACCUUCAAAUUAGGCAUAAGGUAAGAAGUGUUUUUGAUUUUGAUUAAUUAUCAAUGUUUAAUUACUUUAAAAGCAUUUAGCGUGACCAAUUUUCUUAUUGAAGACAAUGGAAAAUUAGUUAGUUUUAAAAAAUACUAUGAGACAUAAUUUAACUCAACAGAAGUUAUUAAUUUAUAAAUUUAUUGUUUUUUUCCAUUGUCCUUAAUAUU